AUGUUGGAAAAUAGUUAUUCAUCCAAAAGGAAGUGCCACUGUGGGGAAUUUGCUAACCGCUUCACUUCGACUACUCUUUUUAACCCUGGACGGAGAUUCUACAAGUGUCCAAAACCACAAGAUGCUUCAUGUGGUUAUUGGGAAUGGUCAGAUGAUCCUAUCCCUGAUAGAGCGCUUGUCGUAAUCAACAAUUUAAGGUCUCAGUUGGAUGCGGCAAAUGUUAAAAUCAGUAAUUUGAAGUCGUCGUUGGACAAUGUUAACAUUGAAAGUGAUAAAUUGAAGGAGAAAUUGAUCGCUGUGAAGGCAAGAAACCAUGUUCAAGUGACUAAAUUAGAAGAGAACAUCCUCAAGAUGAAGAUUUUCACUAUUAUUUUAUGUACCCUUUUGGUUGGAAUUGUAGCAGCUAGAGUAAUGAAUUGA